CACUGUAAGGAGGGGAACUGUGAAACAGACAUUCAACAUAGUAUAUCUGUUCACAUCAAACUACACAGGCACAGGGAUAUUGUUACAGAGCAGUAAUAAUCUGUCAUGUGAGUGUUCAUGUUAUUGUGCUGUCCUCUGUUUUGCAGUGUAACUGAGUGAGAGAGAGAAAAGCAGCAGAUCUGAAUGUCAAGCAUGAACCUUCUGAUUCUAACUCUGAUUCUGUUUCACAGCUUCAUGGUAGAGUCAGCGGUACACGUAUAUAUUUCCAAACCCAAUGUCACUGGGCCUUACUUGGAACCAGAGGGUACAGUCCUGCCCUGCCUUUUCCACUUUGACCAGAUUGUGCCACUAAAGAACAUCUGUUUGACUUGGUGGAGAAAUGACACUGGGCAGCACAGUGUUGUGUAUGACUUUGAAAAUGGCCAGCGGCAGAAGCAGAAAGAGGAUCCUGCCUACAGCAACCGCACUGAUCUGUUUUACAAACUCACAGAGGGAGAUGCUAGUUUAACGAUGCAGAAACUCACGCUGCAAGAUGCAGGAUUGUACAUCUGUGAGGUGUGGAGCUGCGGCUCUUCCCCAGGCCAAGGCAGAGUUAACCUUUCUGUGGCUGCAAGGCCCUCAACAUUGGAUUUUAUUUCCAAGGAAGACAAAACUUUGUCAUUCUCCUCUUCUGGCUGGUUCCCACGACCAUCUGUCUUAUGGACUGAUAUGAAUAACCAGACUGUGAGUGAUGUCACAAAGAUUAACAUCACCCAGGGGAAGGAUGGCCUGUACAGCAUCUACACAGUUCUGUACACAGACACUCACCGGUACUCACGCAAACUGCACCUGCGCUACAUCAACCCCUACAUUGGAAAUGAAAUCACAGAAUUCUUCCUGCAACAAGCAACAAGUUCAGCAGAUUCACAAUACAGCUUUGCUGGUGUUUUCAUUGGAGGAAUUGUAUGCAGCGCAUUCUGGAUUUUGAUCAUUUUUAUUGUUUCGGUAAUGGUAGUUAAAUAUAAUCAUCAAAGAGUCAGUGAAGAUUCACCACUUCUCCCACGCCCUAGAUCAGACAGCUGCAGUUCCUUUGAUGGGCCUAUGGCUGCCAUGCACCGGUGAGAUGGAAAUCUGUACUUUCUGGACC